AUGUACGACUUGCCUUCAGACAGCAGAGAUGGCCGGCAAGCUGCGAAAGGGCAUCCUCGCUCCGUAGAACAAGGCGCAGAGGUCGCAGAGAGCUCACAUGCUGUACCAGGGCAAGACGUUACAGCACGGCAGACGCUACGCCGCCGAAUACACCAGGAUGACAAUGCUGAAGGAGUCGCCACAACAGCUUCUGCUGUCAGGGUGAAAGCGAAAGACACUCGAACGCAGACUGAUGUUGCAACACCACACAAGGAAAGCCCUGCCACGGCCAUCGCACCAGCUCCAGGGGCUAGACCCAAGACGACAGCCCAGUGCAGCACCAAGAGCGUAUCCAGUGCCAAACCCAAGCAGACGGCGGUAAUCUUUCGCACUGUGCCUGCCAAUGAGCUUCAGCUGGUUUCUUCGGUGCCUAAUCCUCUCGAGUACCAUGCGCCAGCAAGCAGCUUUCCCAGCAUUGCCGUUCAGGACCCAAUCGUCGACUCCUCCCUCCCGCCUUUUAAGAGCAAAACUUCGCCCACCGUGUGCGAUGACGGCGACAGUACAAAAGUGCCGGCAAAGACGCCUGUCAGUGCUCUAAGAGCCCGCUGGAAAGUUCCCCCUCCACUGUUCAAGGCCAUCAGGAAGACGGACAAGUUUCAGGUUUCCACUGCGGGCCAUCGCAGUGGAGACGGUUUCGAAGACAGCGAGCUCACGUUCGGCACUGUGAAGAAGCGACGAAAGUGGCGAUCACCCUCUAUACCGAAUCUGGCAUCUCUGGAGUUGACGAACGGUCCCUUGCCGGACGUUGACUUCUGCGACACCCCGAGCCGGUUGAAGGUGGAGUCUAACGUGAGCGGCCAGGGCGUUUCUGGGUCCGUCCGUCAGCUGGACGGCGAAAACACCUUCAUCCAGCCAGAAGCUUCCCCUCCACAGUUGCAAACACGGCGCGAGAGUUCAAUUGCACGCUCCAGCGCUCGUAAGCGCACGAGGAUCAUCAUGGCUGAACUGUCGACAAUCCGAGCUCCUGAACGAGAAGCAAGCGAGUACGACUCUCAGGAUGAGGACGGCGACCACGAGGAUGAUGUCGACUCUGAGGAGAAUGGCGCGAAAAAUGACAACGUCAUCAACUUGGUCAGUGAUGAUGAUGUUCACUCCGACGACUCAGAGCCAUGGACGGUGACUCCUCCACCUCCACCUCCACCUCCUCGCGAGCAGCCAACGAAGGGCAGAGGUGUCACGCUGGACUUUCGCAGCAACCGUGGAGCCCGACGGUCUAGACAACCGGGAAGAUACUCCAGACCGCGAAGGCGGCCCGCACUGAUCGAAGUGAAUGAGGGCAUACAAGACGUGUUCACUCCAGAAGCUCCACAACUACCGGGCUUGCCGCCCCGAGUUUUGCCAGGACCUCGUCCGAAUGGUGAAGCUAGGCAGCAAGACUCGACAACAGCACACCAACCGCGCUCAAUCUUAAAGAACAGCAUCUCGCUGGUAUCCGAUCUGACAUCGAAUCCUGAAGCUACAGCCGCCAACACCAGACGCAACAGCAUCGUCGAUGCCUCGAGAAGCUCUUACUUCGCAGAUGCAUCGGACAUCCUUCGUGCACCGGAUCCAGCCCGUCACAUCAUCAUGCCGCGGCGCCGGUCUUCGUACUUCAACCCUGAGCAGAUGGACUUCACUCACGACGAGGAAGAUGUGCAGGAAACUUCGCCUGAGACGGCCAACUACAUUACUGAAAGCGACCUCGACGUCAUUCUAAGAGGUGCAGAGGCAGUGUGGACGUCUGAGAAGCCAUCUACAGCAGCAAAGGAUCUGAGGGCGUUGACGAGAGCAGUGAGUCAGGGGAACGGAACGCUCAGUCAGUCUGUGCGCAGAAGGCCGAGUCUGCGGUUCCAGUCGCCAACGAAGAUCCGCUAG